CGUUAUUACCUACACAGAAUCACGACUCGACGAUUAUUUAAACUAAAUAUCGAGAACGAACAAACAUAUCAAACUGUUUUUGGAAAACGUAUUAAGAAAAGAAGUUGAUAUUGGAAAAUUUAAUGUAAUAUUUUGUUAUAGAUAAAUCAAUAGUGUGUAAGUCGUAUGGAUAACGAAAGUAGUUUUCAAAAAAUACGACGAAAGUUGGAAUAUUUAAAAAGUUUCAUUAAAAAUAAUUUCUUCACACACAGAUCGGAGAUAAAGAAAUUUUGUUACUAUUUUUUAAAUAUCAAAGGAGAAGCUCAUAUUGCAAAAUGGCUUCCUACGAACAUUUGGACGAGGCUACUUUAGAGUUCAGAAUGACGAUGUGGAGGUCCGAUAUAGAAAACUGUUUUAAGAAUUCGGAUAUAGUUACAAAAUUUGGACAGUAUGGUCUUUUGCAACAAGAAGACGUUUCGAGACUGUUGGACAUGUAUGAACAAAAAUCGUCAUUAUACGCAGCAAAAAUAAUGCUUCAAAUUAUCUACACAAAAAAUCAACAAAGGAAAUGGCAUACAUUCGUCAGUGCUAUUGAAGAUGCAGGCUACGAAUUCGUAGUGUCUCGACUUGUGGCGGAUGAAGUUGAAAUUGCGGAAGAAAGAGAACGAGGAAAGCAUCUUUUGCUCUUUUUCGGACCGCACCUGGAGAACAAAGUCGAUCCAAUUGAGUUAAUUGCUUCAUUACUCCAACGGCAAGUCAUAAAACAAGAAGAUGCAGACAGGAUAACAAAUGUUACACACAACAAGUCAAAGGCAGAAGGAAUAAGGGUAUUACUACAGCGUAUACAAAUGUACAUGAAGCCACACAAGUGGUGGAAUGCGUUCAUCAAUAGUUUGUGUGAGACGGGAUAUGAAGAUAUUGCUCGUCUUCUGGAACCCGACUAUCUGUGCUGUAAAGCAUUAGGAGAGGAAUACGAAACAGAUGAUGCGUUGGAACUCAAUAUGGAAGAAAAAAUGGAAGUUGAGCCCAGCAGUGAUCUUAAUUGCCAGCCUUCGACAUCUGAACAAACGAAUUCAAUGAACAGCAUGAAUGAUCUAACAGCUAAGCAAGCCGAACACGUUCCUAUCACUAGCAUCAACUGCAAUGCAGAUCGAACUGAAUUCAACUUGAAAGAGCUUAACAUCAAACCCGACAAUGGCAAAACGUUCGACAGAGAUGAGAAUCUUGCCGACGACUAUGAUGAAAUGAAUGAAAGGAACUCGGACUUUGGUGGGAGUGACGUUGAGGAAGAUGUAGACGAUAACUUAAAGAGGAAUCGCGACCUGAACGACCCAAUCCAAAGAACAUACAAGCUUGAAGACUACCAAGAGGAGUUAGCUGAAAAAGCUGUUCGCGGACAUAACACGAUAAUCUGCGCCGAGACUGGAACGGGAAAGACCUGGGUCGCGCUGCAUAUCAUCGACAAGCAUCUGUCAAAGGCCGUACCGGGGAGUCGUAAGGCUGUCUUCAUGGCAAAUCAAGCAGUGUUGAUAAAGCAGCAGUCGAAUCGAUUGAAAAAAGUCUUGCCGCAAUACCGCACAAAGCUUAUAACAGGAGAGGGUGACGAAUCUAGAAUACUGGACGCCUUUAUUCCCGACAAUGAUAUACUAUGUUUCACUCCACAAAUUUUACUGAAUAGUCUUGAGAGUGGAAACAUAUCCAGUCUCUCAAAAUUUUCUCUUCUUGUCUUCGACGAAUGCCAUCACACCAAGGGAGAUGCCCCUUACGCGAGGCUUGCAAGAAGGUAUUUACAGGAGAAGAGUAAAUCGAACGUAAAACUGCCACAGAUUGUGGGUUUAACGGCCUCUAUUGGGGUUGGAAGGGCAAGGUCGAAAGAAGAAGCAGUUGAGCAUAUUUUACGGAUUUGUGCUUGUCUGGACGUUACACCACCACUAUCCACAGUUGUGAAAAAUCGAAAUAAUUACGAGAAGUUUGUAAACACGCCCAAAGAAGAGACAAUUAAGAUGGUUGUGAAGAAUCCUGACCCAUGCAAACAUGUUUUGCUUAAGGCAAUGGAAAAAACCGAGGAAAUAAUGCAAGAAAUGAUAAUGUUUCAAAGCAGUCUGGUUGACCUCUUCGAAGAAAAGCGCCCAAAUGAGCGCGAAUCGCAGGCAUACAACAACUGGACCGUGGACAUGAUGAACGCAGCACAGCAACGAGUCGGUGACGCAGAAAUCGCACGGGAUAUCAGCGCAUCUGCCAUGUACCUGAAUGUAUACAAUUCUGCCUUAGAAGUUAAUAAUCUGCUCCGAGUUCUGGAUGUGGUUAAAUAUCUUGCUUCAAAACACGAAGGCGAAUUUAAGGGAAAACACAAGCAUACAGAAACAGAAAAGCGAUUAUUUGAUAGUCUUCGUGCUGUCCAGACCCAACUUUUGAAAUUGAACACAGACAAGGAAGCACAUAAUCCAAAUGUGCACACAAUCAGUAAGCAGCUUCAGGAUAUGCUCAAAGAAAAAGGAGACGAUUCGCGUGCCAUUGUGUUUGUAAAGGCGAGAGCUACAUGCCGGGCAUUGGCUGCAUUCCUCGACGCGGAUUUACAGGACUUCGGUUUACGCGCCAGACCAUUGUUUGGAAAGCAGACUAAAGGCGCCGAAGAAGGUAUGACCGAGAGCGUGCAAACUGAAACCGUAGAGAAAUUCAGAGACGGGCACUACAAGGUGAUGGUCUGUACAUCAGUUGGUACAGAGGGCAUUGACGUACCGGAUUGCAACAUCGUCAUCAACUACAACUACUCUGGGGAUGAAAUCACAAAGAUUCAGAUGAAAGGGAGAAGCAGAAAGAAAGGGGCCACUCAUGUUAUGGUUGGCGAUGAUAAACUACUAGAACAAGAAAUGGUAAACGCGUAUAAAGUGGAUUUGAUGCGCAAAGCAAUGGUUGAGAUUCAGAAUCUUAAUGCAUCGAACAUCCAGUACAAGAUCAGGAUGUUUCAGGAAAAUGAAAAAAAGAAAUUUCUUCUUAAGGAUGAAUGUUCAAAAGCAAAGAAAAGCUGCUCUGAAGAAGAUGACCUCGAAGUUCGUUGCAAGCAUUGUAAUGAAUUUGGAUGUUUUGUGUCGGAUCUCCGAAAAUUGGAUUGCCACUACUUUGUAGUAGAUGCGGACUUUAGAAGCAAGGUCACACGGAAGCCUGAUACCCCGAGGAAAUUCGAUGGGAUUGAAAUUAAGGUAAUCAUGGACUGUCCUAAAUGUACCAAAAUGUGGGGACAUGUAGGACAAAGAGAGCAAACCGAGCUUUAUCUUCUCAAACUUGCACAAUUCAAGUUUGUAAGGACGGCGAAUAGAGAAACAUUCAUUUAUAGAAAGUGGACAGAUGUCCCAUUCCAUAUUCCAGAGUUGAAACCAGGCGAUAUUUCAAAACUGUACGGAAACUGAAUAAGACUAUGCGUUAAACAGAAAUGGACAAUAUGGAAGACAUUUCUUAUGUAAACAUGUACGUUGUAUACUUAAGUGUGUUAUGAGUUUAACAGAGAUGGCUAUACAACGUUUGUGAUUAUUAUUAUUUCAAUGUUUUUAUUAUGAUGAUGAUGAUGAUUUUAAUGAUUAUAAUGAUCAUUUAUAGUAUGUUUUAGUUGCAUGAUUAAGAUUAAGACUAUAAUUAUUUGUAAUCGUAAGUGUAUUUAUAUUUUAGUAAAAAUGAGUGUAGUAGAAGUAAAAUUAGUAGUAUUAUAAUAGUAGUGGUGGUGAUGAUGGUGGAUGAUAUGGUAGUUUUGGUGAUACUAGUAGUUAUAGUUGUGGUGGUGGUUGUAGAAAUACUAGUUUUAGUGGUGGUGGUACUAGUAAUAGUAGUGAUGGUGGUGGUAGCGGUGGUGUUUGUGGUAGUGGUUGAAAAAGUAGAAAUAACAAUAACAAUUUAUUUCAGAAAAAGGAACAGAAAAGAAAAGAUGCGUUAUUAUUGCGAGUGUAACUAUACUGUUGCUUUUACUGUGUAUGCAUACGUUGUGAUGCUGUUAAUUUUUUAUAUAUAACUCUUGGUCACUGUCUAUUAAUAAAGAGUCUAAACAUA